AUGCCACCAAAUAAAGUGAAAGGAUUAUUUCUGACCAGUUUUGGAUUCUUCUGCCGCAUCGCUUACCCGUUCUGGUUAAGCUUGAUUAUCUAUACAUCGGUGGUGAUUAUCUCAUUGUACGUUUAUCAGUUCCCAGAUUUCCCUGACAUUUGGACGAAGUGGACGGGACUGGACAAGAAGUGGAAUGACGACAUUGGCCUGAUCAACUACAGUAACGCUGGCAAAUCUGGAACCCUAUUUGUGCGACUAUUCACACCGAUAUCCCUAUUUGUGGUUGCCAUGCUUCAACUGAAAUUUUUCCAUGAACCUUGGUUAGCAAUGGUUAGGCGAGCCCCACAUGAUCAGCAACCUCGGCCUGAAUCCUCACGUGAGUUGGUUCUGAUUUCAACUUAUAUUGCUGGGGAAGGGUAG